AUGGCCUGCCAAAGCUGCCGCUACCAGGCGAGACUCCUGGCCCGGAGCUUGCGAGCCACCGCCGACCUCGCCUUGCCCCGGAACCCUUUCGCUGCUACGGCGCGCCGGGUGGCUCCAGUGACCAAGGCCACCUCGACGACACCAACUCCUCCGUCGAGGAGAUGCUUUAGCCAGACAACGCGGCGGAAUGGGGCGCCGUCGUCCGGGUUCAAGGAGGCCAUCGCGUCGAGCAUUGUGGCUGCCGCGCCAAAGACCAUGGCGGCGACCCUGACCACCUCCCGUCUCGAGGCUCUCUACAAGAUCUGCUCGGCACCAGCGCUGUACCAGAUCCCGGAGCAAGAGCGCACCAACGACACGGUCCGGAUGACGACCGAGGGCGAGGAGAUAGGGUACCCGAUCGGACCGUGGCUGCAAUGCUUAGACCUUCAACCCUCCUUCAGCUCGUGGUCCCAGGCCACGAUGCUGCACAUGUACACCGUUAUCGCGCGCAUGCGGUGCCUGGACCGCGACACCUCCCGCAGCCUGCAGCACCAGUUCAUCGACCAGUUCUUCUUCGACUGCGAGCGCAUGAUGCACCUGAACCACGGCAUGACCUCGUCGGCGCUGCGCCAGCGGUACCUUAAGGAGAUCUUCGUCCAGUGGCGCGGCCUCAUCGCCGCCUACGACGAGGGUGUCGUCAAGGACGACCGCGUGCUCGCCGCCGCCAUCUGGCGCAAUCUGUUCAAGUCCCGCGAGGAUGCUGACAUGCGCCAGGUCGCUGCUGUCGUCGCCUGGCUGCGUGCCACGCUGCAGGACCUCGAGGCAAUCCCCGCCGAGGACCUGCUCGUGGCGCCGGCCAAGAUCUUCAAGAGGGACAUCAGGGAAAUGUUCAAGCUCGUCGACGCUGUUACGCCGCAGGUCCGGGUGGACUUGGCUAAGGCUGGCGUUGUCCAAGGGGAGGCCGUGGCGAAGGCCUGA